CCGUUUCUCGAUAAAGGCAAAACAUCUUGGUAAAAUAAAUACCAUCACAGCAACUAAGGGCCGCAGAAACUUAUGGGAUUAUUACUAACGUUAUGCAGCACGGUCACAUUGGUUCGCAAAACCAUCACAAAUAAAACUUAUAAAAUUUGCCAAUUUUAAAAGAGGAAAACAUAAUUGGCAAUUCACAUUUCAGUACCAAUGCAUAAAUAGUCAAAAUGUGCUCUUAGAAUGCAUUGAGCUGCUGGGCCCAAUGCAAUUAAUAUGUGUUUUAAUAUAGUUUAAUUAGUGUAGUUGUAAUUGCGUGUUACAAAACUUGCAAGUGGACGGCGAAAUCACAACAAAAGCAACAACAAGGACCAGAAGGUGAAGCAUGUCAAGCUCCAACGAAGCAGCCAAUAGUAAUGGUGAAGCAUUUGCCAUCUAUUACAAAGGCAAUGCAUUGCAGUUGAAAUGGAAGGGCGUGCCACCUCUCACCCGCUCGCCCGCAUUACGACUCUGCUGCAUGGGCAGCAGCAAAAGCAAAGAUGGAAACGGGGAGGGCUCGAUAGCUGGAGUCCAAUUCGAUUCUGAUUGGCUGCUGCUACUGACGGCGGAUCAUUCACUGUAUUCGGCAGAGCCGCUGGCAAUGCACGGCGUGCACACUUUGGAGCUGACCUUGCUGCGGACGGAUGUUGUUGACGUGGACUUCUGUCGCGGCAGCCGACAGCUUUUUGUUGUGCUUGCGAAUGGCAGUGUACAGAGGCAACUCAUUGCAGGCAGCUAUCGACCGAGCGCCUGGCAAACGCUUAGUUUUGAUCCCCUAGAGCUGCACGAUGAGGGCGUCUGCAUGCGUCGUGUUUGCUGCUCGGAACAGGGCGUGGUCUUUGUCAGCGUUCGAGGAGCAACAUAUGUGCUGGGCAGCUGUGGGGAAGUUUUUAACGCUGAAGAACCUCGUCACAUGCGCCUCUGCGAGGAGGGCAAACAACUGUUGGACCUCGCCGCUGGGGAUGAGCACUUCGUACUGCUCAUGGCGCCGCAUCAACAAGCCGACGAUGUCCUGCAGCUCCAGGAGCCUACACAAGAAGAACAAGGCUCUCUGAAAUCAUUACAGAGCGGCAGCUCGGAACGCAGUUUUCAAGCCAAUACGCGACAUCUACUUCAUCAGGGUUAUGCGUUGCUCCAUACUCAGCUUUUUACAUUUGGUGCCUCUAACGGUGGAUUGCUGGGCACUGGGGAUCACAUACGCCGAGCCCAUGUCGCUCGUAUCGAAAAGCUCGAUGGCAUGGGUGUGUGCAGCAUUGCCGCCGGCAGGCAACACAGUGUGGCACGCACUCUGGAUGGACGGCUCUAUCACUGGGGCAUCAACAAUCGUGAGCAGCUUGGAGAAGAUUUGAGUUCUCCCAUGGAAAUAUGCUUGGCAGAGCAGUUAACGCCGGAGCAACACACAGCUUUGGAAGCCACCUGUGGCGAUUAUCGCACCUUAGUGCUGGAUGCAGCAGGGCAAAUUCAAACACUGCCCCAAUCUCAGUCUAGCACAUAUGCGCAAACAGUGCUGCAUUUGCAGAUGGGCGCUGCCUGGCCACGUCAGUUGCGCCUGGUGCACUGUGCUGGCAGCUACACCCUCCAGAAUUGCCGACAAUUCCAGCGGCAAUACCACUACUUUCUUAGCCACCUGGAAUCGCAGCUUCAGCUGCUACUAAAGCAGCGGCAGGCUGUGCAAACACUGAUGAUUUGGGAGUUUCCUGUCCUGGCGCCUCUAUUGCUCAACUGGGAACGCAUUGUAUGCCUGUUGGCAGCCACCUUGCAUUCUCUCGAAGGCUUUUAUCGUGCGGACUAUGUGCAGCCGACGGAUCUGUUGUAUAUUUGCUAUCAUCGCGAGUAUAUCGAGCUGUUUGAGAGCUACACCCGAGCCUAUUGCGAUGUGCUUUCCGUAAAUGGGUUUGGCGAGGCAGUAGCCGCCAUUUGCUUACCUCCAUUAAGCACCCACAAUCCACUGGCGGAGCUGGGCGAAGAAAGCUACUUAACACGGCUGUUCCAGCAACCGUUCGGCAUCUAUCAGUUGUUCAUGCAGUUCAUGGAGUUGCUCGUGAAGACCCAACCAGAGUACGAAGAACAUCGUGUCGCUUGGUCAGAGUUUGCGCGCAUGAGCUGCAUUAGCCAGGAACUGGCCGUCAAUACCAAAGAGUUCUGGAGCAGCAAGGAGUGUACGCCGCGCAUUUCUCAUCUGAGGCAACGUCACCGGCGUGUCAUACUCACAUCCACCCUGGUGCCGCUCAAGCUAGCCAACAGUGGCAUCAGCAUGUCCAGCCACAGCUUCAUACUCUUCUCCGACUUUCUCUGCCAGUUAGGCAGCAAUACACUCUACACCUAUCCAUUGACCGCGCUGUGGGUGUGGGCGGAGAGCGAGCUAGGCUUACGCAUUGUGACGCCCGAGAAGACCUUUGUUUUGACUACCAAAAAGACGGAGUCGCGGAAGGUUUGGCUUGACCAACUGCAGUCAAGUAUUGUGGCUGCCUUGGGGCGACCUUUGGGCAGCCCUGUGCCCAACGUACGUUCCACUGCAUACGAAUAUAGUCGCGAACAUCCAAAGUUCUCCAGAGUCAAGGCCUGUGGCAAUUGGCGUAAAGGCAUCCUGCAUGGCAACUGCUAUCUGGAAUAUCCCGAUGGCAGUGUGUAUUGCGGCGAAGUUCACCGUGGCGUUAUUGAAGGCUACGGUAAGAUGGUGAUUCCCUCGACCGGUGUCUACGUGGGCAACUUCAAGGGAGGCCGAUUUCAUGGAUUUGGCAUCUACGAGCUCAAUGGCAGUGCGGCGCAAGAAAGCGAGAUUUAUGAGGGCAACUUCUGCGAAGGUCUCUUCCAUGGUCACGGCAUGAUGCGCAAUAAUCGCUACAUCUAUGUUGGCGAAUACGUUGCCAACACGCGCAGCGGAUACGGUGUUAUGGAAGAUCUGGUCAGCGGCGACAAAUAUAUGGGCAUGUUUGCAGAUAACAAACGCUGUGGACUUGGCAGCUGCAUCACGAAUCGUGGUGACUACUUUGAGGGCACUUUUGCGGCCGACGAUCUCACUGGAAGCGGCGUGGCUGUUUUCGAAAAUGAUUACUACUACGAGGGCGAGCUAACGCUGCAAGGACCUAAUGGUCGCGGCGAAUACUAUAUGCCCUGCGGCGAUGCUGGCAAUGCUCUGGGUGCCAGCGAGGACGACGAUGACAAUUAUGAGUUAAUAGGCAAUAAAAUGUUUGGUCAACUCAGUGGCAGCUGGGAAACAGUGCGAAUACAAACUGGUGAACUGGCCCUAAAUCGACGUUUCCCAAAAUUUCCUAGCUCUCUUGGCCGCAUGGUAGUGGACCACAAUCGAAAAUGGCGUGCAUUGUUCCUCAAUUUUGAAUCGGACCUAGCGAAUUGCAGUACCUCAAGUAGCAGUAACAGCGUCUUCUCUGGCAUUCUGGGUGGCACCAGUAAGAAACCUGCAAAAACCACGCUCAGCACGGCCCAGAUAUGGAGCUGCAUAGCCAUUUAUAUGAACAAACAGCGUUCUCGAGACGGUUCAAAGCCGGGCAAUUACUUCAACAAUAUUCUACUCAGUCUGCCGCUGCCACCGAAGCCAGCCACGCAGCCUUUAAUGAAUAGCACACCGACGUUACAGUCUGCGCUGACUAGAAAGGUUGUAACUUCGUUGGACUUGUUCAACACAACGCCACGCCGCAUUCACUCGCAAGAGACGCUAUGCAGCAAACAGGAUGAUCUACAGCGCUCAGAAAGCUUGCUCUCCAUUGGACCUAACUCGACAGUAGAUACUAGAAGCUUGGUUAGCUUCGGUCUGAACGAGAGUCUGCUGGAGCCUAGUUUUAACGGCGAGCAGGAGCCAGGCAAUCUGAGCACUAGCUUUGGCAGUGUUUUACAAAUCAAUAAUAACAACAACAUAUCCAAGCAUAUUAACAACAGCACCUGUUCGAUUACAUCGGCGACCUCCACGGGCAGCGCACUGCUGGAGCAGGUGCCUAGCUUCGGCAUGGCGUCCACACUUACCGAGCAGGAUGUGAGCUGCAUUCGUUUAUAUCUAGAGCAAGCCUUCAAGGAUCGGUAUCAUCCGCUGUAUGCACUAAAUGAACGCAUCGCUAAUUGUUUCCACUACUCCUACGGCUAUUGGAAGGUGAAGCCCACUUCCAUUCUGGCCAAGCAGGCUAUGCGCGAGUGGGAAUCCAUAUCUAGGCGUAUGUAUCGGUUCGUGCGUAAAAUGUUCCCUGCCCUACCGGAGGAUUACUGUUACCUCGAUGGUAGCCGGGAGGUAAUUUCCCAUAUAACGCUCCUAUACCCACUGAUGCUAUCUGAGGGCGUUUACUCAACGCUUUUCGUGCUAUAUGCCAACAAAUACAAUCGCAAGGAUGAGCUGUACAGGCAUAACUUAAACCACGCCGAGAAGUUGAGCGAUGGGGAACUGGUCCAGCUGCUCGGCCACGACAGUUGCCUCAAUGCUGUGAUGCUGGACACGCAUUUUGAGGCAGCAGUACAGUCACUGAAGCAGCUGCAGGAGAAAUUUAGUCCCCAGGAUAUGUUGACUGUGAUACAACGUUGCAUGGAGCAACUGUCAGAGGCAUAUGAGCACGCCAUGGCAACAAAAGCCGCACAGCUCAAUGCAGAUAAUAUGAUACCGCUCUCCAUGCUGGGCAUGUUGCGAGCCGCUGUGCCGCAUUUGGGCGCAGAGCUGGCCUUACUUGACGAUCUGACGGGUGGGCCAAACUUUCAGGCCGAAAUGAAUGGAAUGGCAGGCUAUUGCUAUACGACCCUGAAGGCAGCCUACGAGCAUAUCACGAUGAGAGCGCUGCAGAGAAACUCCUUGCCUUGAGCUCAAUUUAACUGGUCGCCUGUAUUAAUAUUGUUACAAUUGUUAUGGCUCUUGAUGCCAACGAUCUAUAUAAUUUGUAAUUUAUGCUCUGUUACAUGUGCACGCACAUAGCUAACAUGUUAACAAAAUAUCGAUGUAAACGUUAUAUACCCUGUAUAUAGAGAAUAAGUGCAACUGUCCUCAUAGGCAUAGGUGUAGGCUUGUUAUUUAACUGUACAGUUCUCGAAGGGCUUUUUGAAUCGAUCUGUGUAUAAUGUAUGUAUAUGUAUAUGUGUAUUUCGAUAACACUACAGAUUAGAAUACAGUUUAAGGAUAACACAUUCCCAUUAAAUA